UACGUCAUCACAAAGCGACAGCAGCAGGACAGUAAAAAGCGUAAACAAGCGUCGACAGAGAUAUCACAUUCCGCCUUUUUAGAAAAGUAAACGGAUAUCAAAUAUGCCGAAAGUCGUGUCUCGGAGUGUGGUGUGCUCGGACACCCGUGACCGGGAGGAGUAUGAUGACGGGGAGAAACCCCUGCACGUGUACUACUGUCUGUGUGGACAGAUGGUUCUGGUUUUAGACUGUCAACUUGAGAAAUUACCCAUGAGACCACGGGACAAAGCCAGAGUGAUUGAUGCAGCUAAACAUGCCCACAAGUUCUGCAAGGUGGACGAAGAUGAGACUGUGUACUUAAAAAGGUCGGAGGGCAUUGAAAGGCAGAUUCGCAAAAAAUGUGGAAAGUGUGGUUUGCUGUUGUUUUAUCAGCAUCUUAUGAAAAGUAAUCCAGUAACGUUCAUUGUGGAUGGAGCACUGGUGAAGUUUGGCCAGAGCUUUGGCAACACAAAUGUAUACAGUCAGAAACAAGAGGCGCCCAAGAAAGUCAGGGUUAUGAUGACGAAGCGCACCAAAGACAUGGGCAAGUUCAGCUCUGUUACUGUCUCGACCAUCGAUGAAGAAGAGGAGGAGAUUGAAGCCCGGGAGGUGGCGGACUCUUAUGCCCAGAAUGCCAAAGUGAUUGAAAAGCAGCUGGAGAGGAAGGGAAUGAGCAAGAGAAGACUACAAGAACUGGCUGAACUUGAAGCUAAGAAGGCCAAGAUGAAGGGAACCCUCAUUGACAACCAAUUCAAAUAAAUCUGUGUGUAUGAGAGAGCAAAUGAGUUUUGAUGUAUGUAUGUGGCAGUAUUUGUGCAAUAGGGUGCGUGAAGGGGCCAUGGGUUAUUUUGUGUAUUUUUUAUUACUUUUCUUGUUAAAAUGUUUGAAUCUUAAGUAAAAACAAUUGAAUAAACACUCUGCUUCCAGAAUUA